AUGGCUGCCGCAGAAGCCGCGGAGAAAUCCGAGCUAGCAGCAAAAUCUGCCGCGCGGAGAGCCGCGAGACUCGCCGCAAGCGCCGCCGCCGCCGCAGAGGGCCGGAUUUCCGCCACUGGCGAAGCAACGGCCGCGUUUGCGCGUGCAUUCGCGGGAAUCGCGCCGGGCGUCAACGACUCGUUGGCGGGAAACAAUGCGGGGGAGCAAGAUGCGGGGGAGGCGGAAAGGGAGGCGGAGGAGGAGGAUGAUGACGAAGGGAGCGAAUGGGAUCCCGUGACGCAACCGUUAACGGAAAAGCCGAUUCUGCUGGGACCAGGGGAGUUCGUCAGACCAGACGGAACACGCGGAACGCUUCACGGGGGAGGCGCGCCCGGAUGGGAGCAGCGGUGGCGGAAUCGGCGCGCCGCGGUAAAGGCUGCGUACGGCGGAAGCGGUGGAAGCGUCGGAGGCGCAGCCAGCGGGGGAAGCGGCGGAAGCGGCUGGAGCAGCGGAGCGGGGAACAGCACCGCCAGUGCGGGGACGGCGGCAGCGGGAGGAGCAACAUUUUCCAUAGCGGGGGCGGCGGGCGCGGCGGGUGAUACGCUAGUGCAACCCAUGGCUGGCACGCCGGAUAUUUCGCACACUGCGGGGUAUUUUAAGAUUAAAGCGCGACGCGACACGAGACUAUUCUACUACUACUUCGAGUCGCGGAACGACGCGAGCACGGAUCCGCUGGUGCUAUGGCUGACGGGCGGCCCGGGAUGCAGCAGCGCGUUCGCUCUGUUGUAUGAGAACGGCCCGUACCAGCUUGACACUGACGGAACGACGCUUAUCUGGAACGACAACGGAUGGGACAUGGCAUCCAACAUCAUCUUUCUGGACCAGCCGGUGGGCACCGGCUUCAGCUACAGCAACGACGGGCAGAAGCGCAGCACGCAGCGUGGUGUGAGCAAGGAUGCGUACCAGUUCCUGCAGGCCUUCCUUGACGCGCAUCCCGAGCUGCGCACGCGCCCAUUCUUCAUCACAGGGGAGUCGUAUGCGGGAAAGUAUAUCCCCACGCUCGCGGCACGCAUCGUGCGGGCCAACAAGGUUGGCAAGAAGCCGCGCAUCAACCUGCAGGGCAUGGCCAUCGGCAACGGCUUGACGAGUCCGCACACGCAGAGCAUGAGCUAUGCGCGGUUUGCGUACCGGAAUAAGCUCAUGAGCUACUGGAAGUACCGAGAGCUCAAGGCGCGAGGACGAGCGUGCCAGCUCACCGACCUCAUGCACCCAGGGCAAGGUGACAUGCAUUACAGCGUUCCUAAUGUGCGGGCGGGUGGUACCAGAUCGUGUCACAGUCUGGCAGUGUCAACGUGCGUGUCCCUCUUGCCCUGCUUGCCCCGCUUUUCCCCCUUCGCCACGCUUCCCCCUCUUUCCCCCCUUGCUUGCCCCGCUUGCUUGCCCUGCUUUCCCCCUUUGCCCCGCUCGCCCCUCUUGCACCGCAGGCACCCAGGGCAAGGUGACGUGCAUUACGGCGUUCCUAGUUACUAUGACGUGCGCAAGCCGUGUGUGUAUGACAGCGGCUGUUACGACUUCAGUGCCGGCAACGCUUACCUCAACUCCGCAGAAGUCAAGCAGAAGCUGGGCGUGAAAAAAGAGUGGAGGGACUGUGACGACAAUGUGUACUUUGCAAUGCUCAUGGACUUUGAGAGGGAUGAGACGGAGCACGUGCGCUAUGUGCUUAACAACGGGCUGCGAGUGCUCAUCUAUGCAGGCGAGAAGGACUUUAUCUGCAACUGGAUUGGCAACAGCUGGUGGUUGAGAAGUCUCAAGUGGAAGGACCAGGGGGCGUAUCGAAAGGCCAAGUACAAGCCGUUCCUGCUGGCAGGCAGUCAGAAGGGCCUUGCCAAGAUUGCCGAACCACUCACGUUCCUACGGUACCGCGGGCGAUUCGGCGGCGGCGCGACCGCCGGCGGGACCAUAGGCAGCGCGAACUCGGGACAGACGGGUGUGGAGCGGUUGGAGGAGGUGCUGGACGUGAACCUGCCGCUGCCGCAGGGGAACCAUACGAAUCUGCACGGGGGUUCCAGUUACCUCUACGCAAGGAAAUUGACUCCUGUUACGGGUCGGGCUCGGAAAGCUGAUACACCACUGGCAUCUUUGGCUGUAGGCCGCAUGGUGCAUGACCUAUUUCACGACAUCAGAACCUUCUUUGGAUCACUGACUGGAACAAGGCCGCACUAA